GGAAAAAUUAAAAGCAAAUAGGAGAAAGGAGAACGCGUCAAAUGCAAAGGUUGCGGGCGUGUCAGCAAUAGUAAAAUACCGCCAUCCUCAUCUACUUCUUUCAUACCUGUUUCUCUCUUCGUCCCUUUCUCACUCUCUCACUCUCUCUUUGUUUGCUUCUCGGUCGCUGUGUUACUUGGUUUUGUGGGUAGUCUUAUCUCUCUCUAUAUAACCCACCAAAGGAGCCAUGACAAGCAGGGAAAUCCUCCACAAAAUGAAGGAAAAGGCUGGAUUGGGAUCAUCCUCAGACUCUGGGAAAGGGAAGAGUAAAAUGUCAAAACACAUAACCCAUGGUUAUCACCUGGUGAAGGGGAAAUCCCAUCAUGCCAUGGAAGAUUAUGUUUAUGCACAAUUCAAGCAAGUUGAUGACAAUGAGCUUGGGCUUUUUGCGAUAUUUGAUGGCCAUCUGAGCCAUGAAAUUCCCAAAUAUUUGAGGUCACAUUUAUUUGAAACUAUUCUACAUGAGCCUGGCUUCUGGACAGAACCUGAGAAUGCAAUAAGAAGAGCAUAUCGUGUAACUGAUACUGAUAUCUUAGAGAAAGCAGUAGAUUUUGGGAAAGGGGGUUCAACUGCGGUCACAACGAUAUUAAUUAAUUGUCAGAAACUGGUGGUGGCCAAUGUUGGUGAUUCUCGGGCUGUUGUUUGCAAAAAUGGUGUAGCCAAGCAGCUCUCAGUUGAUCAUGAGGCAAGUACUGAAAAGCAGAUCAUUGAGAGUAGAGGUGGCUUUGUGUCAAACUUUCCAGGUGAUGUUCCUCGUGUUGAUGGGCAGUUGGCAGUGGCAAGAGCAUUCGGUGACAAGAGCUUGAAAGAGCAUCUCAGUUCUGAACCAGAUGUGGUGGUUGAGAUGAUUGCCGAUGACACGGAUUGCAUUAUCUUGGCUAGUGAUGGCUUGUGGAAGGUAAUGUCGAAUCAAGAAGCAGUAGAUGCUAUCAAGAACAUAAAAGAUGCUCGUUCAGCAGCAAAACUCCUUACUGAAGAGGCACUUAAUAGGAAUAGCACGGAUGACAUCUCCUGCGUAGUUGUAAAGUUUCAUUAAUCUUGGGAUUCUCCGUAUAAUUGUCUUGCGAAGGAAUCAUCGGCAAUGCCAGUAAUAGCAUUUGUAUUUUGGUAUGCUUUUCCUUCCAUGAUGUUAUAUAGAUGCAAGCAAAGUGAACAAGGCUCAUCGGAGUGUUUGAAUCUUGACCGCCACUCCCGAGGCUCGAGUUCGUUUGAGUUCUCAUUGUUAUCAUGCAGUUAUUGUAAAAUUCUUAGUUAUGUUUUUGAUCAUCUGAAAGACACUAUAAAAGGUGAACCAGUACUGUAUUUUUUUUUUUGCCUUCUUUUUCUUGUGUCAAUGGUUGUAAUUGGCACUCCUGUAAAUCCAUGUCAAGACCCCUUUGUUUCCUUCAGACAUACUAUUUAUGUUCUUAGUGUCACACUUGUGAUACGCAUUCCAGCAUCUAGU